AUGGCUGUUGUGCGAAAGAAAAUUGUUGAUACCCCAGAGCAAGAGAAAAAUCAGUUCAUUGAAGGCGUCAAGCGAGAAUGGAAAAUAAGAAAAGAACAUUCAGCUUCAAAACUCGAAAGAGAAGGAAUAGAAAGCAUAUGCCGCGGGGAAAACACAUCUUUUUCGUACUUCAACAACGAUAAGAAGCACAAUCCAGUUUCAGUUUAUGAUCAGCGAUUCCACGUGAAGUAUGGCUAUCAUCAGAAAAUAAGGCGAGAUGAUCAAGUUCACAAGUUAGGACUCGAUGUUAGAUCAGAGGAAGAGCGUAAAACGGUUCCUGUUCUUUCAUCCUCCGUUUAUGGCAAGCGAAAGCCAAUUGACAACCCAAACAGAAAGCACUACCGUAUCGAGGUUGUAAGACAAGAAUUUUACAGAAACGGAGGGACCAGCAUACCAUCGGAACAUUAGAUUCUGAAGACGUCAUUUCCCACUGUAUUAUCUAGGGUUUUCUCAAGUUACUGGAAUGUUUAUAAAUACUCUCGCUUUUUUAAAUGCACAUAUGAUAUCUUCCAUAAAUUAGUAAUAUGAAAUGCAAAUGAAGAUUACCAAUAAUCGACUCUUUCUGUCACAAUCAAACACUGAACACGCGCCACUGUCAGGGGUCCUUUUUUGUAGCGGAUCACGGUAUAAGGGCACCUAAGUUCGAUUUUGCUGUUGACAAAAACUUGUGUUUUAAACAAGCUACGGGUAGGGAAAAAUGAAAUACUCGAUUUAAAAAACUCUCAAUUUCCAAUAACUUCAUUACCUUUGACCUGCAGUCAUUUUUAUCCACGGAUACAACUAUCAGAAAAUGAGCAACAUUUAGGUAGGGUUGCGAUCUACGAUCAGCAUAAGCUUAGGAGUUAGUAGUUAGUAAUAAGUCAGAUAAUCUUCGAACAUCAGAAGUAUUCUUUUCAACAGGAAAAUCCCAGACAAAAUAAAACUGAAUGUUUAGAAUCUUUUAACGGAGACUCAAAAUAUACUGAGGUAUCUAAGUCUAUUUUAUGGAGGAGAUUACGAUUAACGAAACUAGAUCGAGUAGCUUUUUAUAUAAUAAUUCUUUUGAGGCAAACACAAAGCUACAUGAUUAUAUUUUAUUCUCUUGUCCCUUGUUUGUUCGUUCGUAUUUGCAAAAUACAUCAAUACCAAGAAACAACUGUCUUUCAGUACGCUAAAAUUAGAUGGAAGUUACCUGUGAAUCAAACGGUGUGGUUUUUCGAUAAAAGUUCUCUUUACAUUACUUUUCUAUAGAGAAAAUU